AGAUCCCGUAGAUAUUAGGUCACGUGGUUUUGUUUACUAGGAGGAGGCGGUGAGCGUGUGAAUGAGGUAGCCAGAGCAGUUUAUCGGUAAAUCAGCGGCCGUAAAGGGAAUACAAAGACCAUCAGCUAUGCGCUCUCUGAACUAUGUUCACCGAGUCAGCUUAGACUUUACAGGGACUCUGUUUCCUCACGCCAUCUGUCUGGGAGACGCAGACAACGAUUCGCUGAACGAGCUGGUCGUAGGAGACACCAACGGAAAGCUGCUUGUUUACAAGAACGAUGACUCCAAACCUUGGAUCACAAGGUCCUGCGUGGGCAUGCUGACCUGCGUUGGUGUUGGAGAUGUGUGCAACAAAGGAAAGAACUUCGUGGUUGCCGUGGGCGCAGAGGGCUGGUUUCACCUCUUUGACCUCACAGCUGCCGCCGCGAGCAAGGCAGACUCAUCCAGCCAGCACGAGUUUCAGUCACCUGAUGACCAGAAGCCCUUCUUCACCCAGCACAUUCCCGCCAACACCAAAGUCAUCCUCAUCAGUGAUAUUGAUGGAGAUGGGCGCUGCGAGCUGGUGGUGGGAUAUACAGACCGAGUGGUUCGAGCCUUUCGCUGGGAGGAGCCGUCUGACAGCUCUGAUGCAGGGCCUGGUCAGCUGAUUCUGCUGAAGAAAUGGCUUCUGGAGGGACAGGUGGACAGUCUAACAGUGAACCCGGGUCCAGAGGGGUUACCUGAGCUGAUGGUGUCUCAGCCAGGCUGCGGCUACGCCAUCCUGCUCUGCUCCUGGACACAACAGGACUCCUCCGACUCUGGCGACGACGCCCCCGCCACGCCUGGGAGCGAGGGGCCCUCCAGAGACGUAGUUCUCCAUCUGACCACCGGGCGGAUACACAACAAGAAUGUUUCCACUCAUCUCAUCGGCAGCAUUAGCAAAGGAUCCAAGGAAGAGUCGUCAACGUGUGGACUGUUUGCUCUCUGUACUUUAGAUGGGACGCUGAAGCUGAUGGACAGCUCGGAGCAGUUGUUGUGGUCGGUGCAGGUGGAUCAUCAGCUGUUUGCCCUGCAGAAGCUCGACGUCACAGGGGACGGCAGAGAGGAGGUGGUGGCGUGUGCUUGGGACGGUCAAACCUACAUCAUCGACCAUAAUCGGACCGUGGUGAGGUUCCAGUUCGACGAGAACGUCAACGCCUUCUGUGCAGGUCAGUACACGUGUAAGGAGGGCAAAAACGGCCCCUGCCUCGUCUAUGUCAGCUUCAACCACAAAAUCUACAUCUACUGGAAGGUGGAGCUGGAGCGCAUGGAGUCCACCAACCUGCUGAGAGUGCUGGAGGAAAAGCCUGGCUUUAAAAGCCACCUGAAGAUGCUGGGAGUCGAUGCUGAUGAUCCAGCCGCAGUGCGAGCCCUGGUGGCAGAUGUUCUCUACAAGGAUGCGCAGACGUAGCUCGGUGACAUGCAUCACCACGCUGCCUUCUCUGUUUUCCCCCUGACUGUAAAUACUCUGUAAAUAAACACUGACGGACCGUCUUCCGUGCUGCUGCUCUUGUUACUUGCGCUCCCGGCAGAUAAAUGUUGGGGUUUGGGUUUCUGAUCGCCUGGCCGCCAGCUGUUAUCUCAGACCUGCACGCUGUCUCUGUCAUUGGUAUUCUGUCCGCCCAGGUUGCUUUUAACAAGGCGGGCAGAGGAUGAAAGCAAUGAGACAUAAUGCAGGGGAAAUGCUGCACUGUUUAACCUGCUGUUUUCACCGGUGACUAUGUGAAUCUGGGAGCGAGGGGAGGGCGGGGGAUUAGCAGAAGCUUUAUGUGGCUGUCAGUCAGUGGUGACAAGCGGCUGAAAAGAGCUCCCCAAUCAAACAGCAGUGACUUCCUAUUAUUCAUUCCCUGUAGUGUCUGAGAAAAUUCUCCUGUCCAGUGUAUCAUCUCCGACAUGAAGCGCUUCUAAUUAUGCAUAACACGAUUACUUCAUGAGGACAUUUGACUAGCAGUGAGUGAGUAGUGUUGAAAUGAUGAUGGGAAGGACUGGGGGAAUCUCCCACUGUUCCCAAUGGGAGGAUCCUAUUACCACCUGUGUCGACUGCCUCUGUCGUUCCCAUGCAAUAUUAAUAAGAUGAGCAUGUGGCUCAGGUGUCCUGGUAGCCUCUUAUCUCUCCUGCCCUUUAGAGACCUGCAAAAAGAAGGCUUUCCUUUGAGGACCAAGUCCAUAUGAACUCUUUUUCUUAGUCUUGUUUUGUUUGCAUCCCAUCUAAGAAAAAUCCGGCAGUUAUAAUUUCUUCUUAAUCCACUCUUAAUCACGUGAUUGUCUGCAUUAGCUUCAGCUAGAGAUAAAACUCCUUAUAUGUUCUCCCUCAGUGGAAAAAGUUGAUGAGGUGAAAGAUAUUUUACAUUUUGAAAUAAAAUUUGAAAAAAUGUUUAUUUUUAAAAAAAGGAAAAGAAAUGAUCACGUAUAUAAAGGAGAAUAAGUGCAAAACAGCCCAGUGGAUCAUUCUGGUGGCAAGUUUGGAGGCAAUUAUAGCAAUGUGGGACACAGAGAUGCAUAAUCUGUUCUCUAAUUGUUUGUAGGAUGAUGUAUCCUUUGUGGGCUUUACUAAGAUUUUAGUCAAUCCCAAAGAUGCUGAAUGGAAUUUAACUUAUUAUUUAUUUUUUUUUACAUUUAAAAAAAUAAAAUUGUCUGCAGAAACAA